AGCAGUCUCCAGAGAUAUAGUAUGGUACAGCUCUUACAGCGGACUUUGCUCGUGCAUUGGAUUGCAUCACAGAGAACCAGACCGCAGAGCGCGUCUCUCAAAGCUGUGUCGUCAUGUCUAUGUUUAUGACAUCUUUCUACCGAAAGCUCGUGUCACAACAUUCCUUGCGCUGCACUUUACUCUGACAUGAACGCUACGACUAUCGAGCAAACCAAUGCAGAGGUCAGGGAAGAGGUCUCGUGGUAUCUUCUCGGCAAUCUUGCUGCCCUCAUAUCCGUCUCGUACGGAAGUCACUUUGCCCUAAGAGUGAGCGCGAACCAGUUCGUGUUCAGCUGAUUUCUCUCAGCGAUGGAUCACCGUACAAUCUCUUUCGCCUCCACUUCCGAAAGAACCCAAGGUGGAGUCUACGCCUCCUCCGCCCGCGAUCCAGGGCUGGCGAUGAUUCUUCACCCUACAUAUGGCCAAAGGUGUUGGGAUGAUGUUCGCUCAGAUGGGUGUCUGGAUAGGCGUGCUGAAGUACGGCGCAGCAUGGUUUGUGGACGGCUUCUAUAGCGCUUUCGAAUUUUGGAUCUUCUACUCGGUCUAUAGCGAAGUCGUGAUGAUUUUCUGGCCCUUUCCAUCUCUCCUCAAAUACGUCCAUUCGAGCGAAUCAAAGGCUAUCGUUCUGGAGUACAGUACAAAUGUCGGCAGUCCGCUCCAUCCCAAGAUUGCAGGGGGGAUAUUGGCGGCGCUCGUCCUGGGUGCGAGCGCAAAAUAUGGGAUGACAGCUGUGCCGUUCAUUAUCGGUUCAUACACUCUUAUGGGUUUUACAGCCAUUGAGCCUCACCGCAUGACGGUAAAAGUGUAUAUCAAGCUUGUCCAUGGCCUUCUGGCCCUUGUGGCAGGUCUGACGGGUUUGAUCCUAGGGAUCAUAGCACUCAGCGGCAGAGGCAAUGGACCACUUUUUGAGGCACGUCACGAGCCUAGUCCAUGGCUGGACAAAUUAAUGGUUGCCCCGAUGAUCGCCGUACCAUGUGCGAUUGGGGGGAUCUUGGUCGCUAUGGCAUUGCGCUAUGACUAUGGCAAUAGUGUUCGGUUGACUGAAAAAGGAGAACCGGGGGAAAAGAUGGAGCUCGUUCGGAGCUCGCCAGCGUUCAAGAAGCCAAUGUUCAAGGCGGCAAUGAUUGGACUGGCCGUCUCCACGUCUUCAAGCAUUAUUCUCCACUACUAUUUCCCGACGUUUAUCGACCGUCCCUUGACUAUGCUGUACUCUGUGCCUCCUCUGGUCACAGCGAGCACAUUCAUCCAAGCUUGGAGGGACGGAGCGGUGGACAAGUGGUGGGGAUACGAAGAAACAUGGUGAGUAUAUGGGAUAGGCCAUUCUGAAGCCUAGGUGGUGGACGACCAACGAAGAAGGUCCUAUGGCCCAAGCAGGCUUGAAUGAGAAGGCGGAAAUGGAGGAAUAGAUGCCAUUGUGCAACGGUGAAGAAGUAUGACAUGGGUUUGACUACAGUGGGAUAUCUGCAGCCGCAGAGCAAUGUGAUUCGUUUCAGUGUACUAAAUAAGGCUUGCUGCAUGGGAAUUGGUACGAGAAG